AUGUCUGACCUAAUUGAACAAGAUAAUGAAGAUGUAUCUCUUCAAGUACCUCAAGGUCUUGAGGGUCCAGAUGACAUAAAUUUGUGGUACAAUCCGCAGGGCGUGGCUAAGGCGAAUGCAUUUUAUCACACUAGAAUGGUAGACGGGAAUUCGAAUCAAAUAAACGAAGCCAAAAGAUUUCGUGACCAGUUGGAAAACGCAUAUCACGAAGCUGAAAUCGGAUCCAGCCCAAAGGUCAGAAAGCUCAGAAAGUCUACGAUUAGUAUUCACCAAAAUAUGCAACGGGUGAAUGAUUAUCUUUAUUUAAGUCUGGAGGGAGAAACUCGCCACGGACAACUAGAGGAUUUAGGAGAUGAGAGGUUGAAUCGAAUGCUGUUAUUGCUUGACUCACGUUUCCAAAGGAUGGAACGGAGAAUGGAACGGAUAAUGGAACGAGGAAUAGACAUAAUGAAGCGGGAUAUGGAUGUAAUGAAGCGGGAUAUGAAUGUAAUGAAGCGGGAUAUGAAUGAGGGAUUUAAGAAGCUUGAAAAGCAACAGAAGAACUCCACAUAUCGUAUGGAAAACAAAUUCAAAGGCAAAGGAGGAACUUCUGAGCAGAAUGCUUACAAUCCGAUAGUCAAUAAUGAUAAUAAAUUUCCAGCCGAAGACAACUUAGAGCCACUAAUUUCGCUUAGUCAAAUUCAUUCUUUGAAUACUCAUCACAUGAACAACUAUUUGGGAUUCUAUGGCCUUUCGCAAGAUGGAAACUUGAAAGAUAAACAAAUUCGAUUAGAAACAUUCAUUGGUGUCAACGUUCAAGUUGUUACCUCUACUAAGACAGAGGAAGGAUCGGUAAUUUAG